AUGUCCCGCCGCACCACUAUCCCCUCGCAACCAUCCCGCCCUUUCUCCGCGGGUACCUGCGUCCUCUACGGCAUCGGCGCAGGCCUCCUCGGUGUCGCAGCCAUGACAGCCGGCGAAAAAAUCGAGCAAUUCUUCACCGGCCGUCCAAGCUCCUACGUCCCAGGCUACACGCUCGCGCGCCUCCUCUCCGUCUCGAAUCCCGAGAAAGACGGCAUGUUCCGCUGGAACAUGGCGAUGCACUACGGACAGGGCGCGGUCGCGGCGGUUGUUCGGGCGUUCAUGAGCGCUGGAGGAAUUCGCGGCCCGUUUGCGGAUUUCAUGUUCGUUUCGGUCAGGUUGGCUAUUGAUCAGACGCUGGAGAAUUGGGUGGGGGUCGGGGCUUUGCCUUGGUGGGUUUCUUGUGCCUCACACCUGCACCUGCAGUGA